AAAAGGGAUUAAAAAUGAUUCGGUGAUUGAAACUUAAACUGGGCGAAAGCAGAAACUGUGAUAAGCAGCCAUUGGCCAUUUACCAUUUGGCAUGUAUUGACUGUUUACGGUACAAGAGAUUCGUUUGGGUGGACAUGAGAGAGCGAAAGUGCUGAUAGGCGUUGGAAGAGCUGAUGGGGAGAAUUUUUCUGGUGGAGUUAGAAGGCAGGUGUUACCGGUGCAGAUUCUGCGACACCCCUAUUGGUCUCGCCGAUGAUGUUCUUUCUCGGACUUUCAAUUGUCGUAAGGGGAGGGCAUAUCUGUUCAGCAAUGUGGUGAACAUAUCAUUUGGGGCUGUGGAAGAGAGGUUUAUGCUUUCUGGUAUGCAUACUGUGGGAGAUAUAUUCUGUUGUUGCUGUGGACAACUUCUUGGGUGGAAAUAUGUGGCAACACAUGACAAAAGCCAAAAGUACAAGGAAGGAAAGUUUGUUAUUGAAAGAUGGAGGAUAGUUGAGGAGGGGAGUGAGGAAUUCAAUUUGGAAGCUCUACCCAGUUCAAGUGAUGCAGAGAGUCAUUAGGAAUUUAAUGCAACUUUGUGAAAUCAAUGGUGCAGAAAGUAUUAGAGUUUUAGGAGCUAUAAACUUGAGACCUUGAAACCUCUGUAAAAAGUGCAGGUUUGGUGGAGUUGAGGAAUGGGGUUACAUCAAAGAAUUAGAAUAUGCGCAUUUAUAUCCUCUACGCACAUCAAAUCUUGAUUGCUGGAUUCAGAUGUGGAAGUAAUAGUUUUUGGAAGGGAUUAAAACCAAGAAAAUAAACCAGUUUCUGUAUUAUGGUAGCAAUAUUUGUUA